AAGAAGGGUUCAGUGUGUAUGAUCAGGAGCCGAACUCGGAACCACAGCUUUGAUAAAAUAAUAAUUAGUGUUUUGUUGUGGACCGGAACCAGUUGUGGCUUCCUGCUACUUGUGAAGCGCCGCACCGACCCGCAGCUCCCCGCGCGGCCUCAGUGCAUCUCUGCGGGAGAAGAUGUUCCGCGGCCGGCCUCCGUUUAGAGGCUACCCGCCUCCUGUGAGGCCUUAUCCGUCACAGGGAUAUCGGGAUGACAGGGCCCGACCGAGACCUCCGUACCACCAGGACUAUCCGGAGUACCGGGACCACGGAGCUUCGGAAGCCUACCACAGGAGGCACCCGUCCCCCGGCCCCGGAGGCCACCGCGGCGGGGACUUUUGGACCGGAGGUGCGCCUCCGGAGAGGUCUCCGUCUCACAGAGGACCAGCUCACCUGGACCACAACCUGGUUAUCAGCGUGGGGAACGAGCUGACCGGCCCCCCGUCCCACCACGACAGAGAUUACCUUCCCCGACCUGAAUACGAGCGAAGUGGUAGCAGGGGCCGAAGUCCAGGCCGGAGCCGGGGACGCAGCAAGAGUCGUCACCGUGGAGAGAGUCGGAGUCCAGACAGGAGCCGGGGACGCAGCAAGAGUCGUCACCGUGGAGAGAGUCGGAGUCCAGACAGGAGCCGGGGACGCAGCAAGAGUCGUCACCGUGGAGAGAGUCGGAGUCCAGACAGGAGCCGGGGACGCAGCAAAAGCCGGGCCAAGAGUCGUGGGCGGAGCAAGAGUCGAGCCCGCAGCAAGUCUAGAUCCAGUUCCAGAUCUCGGGGGAAGAGCAGAGGAAGGAGUCGUAGUCUCAGCAGUUCGAGCUCCAGCAGCUCGAGUUCCAUCAGAGACAAGAAUGAUCCGUCCAGGAAGCGGUUUAAAGAGCUGGAGCUGGCCCGACGCAGGAGGGAGGUAGAGGAGCUACUGGGUCAACCUACCAAAUCCAUCCUGAAGAAGCACAACAGUUACGAAGACUCGCCGUCUCUUCGGAGGUCCGACUCGCCCAGGGAUCUAGACCGCACCAUGGCUCGUGUCGCCGACCAACUGAUGCAGGCUGUUAAGCUGAAUGACCCGCGUGCUGUGGCAGCUGUUCUUUCAGAACUGCGGUCCGACCCGCAGAUGUCUCAACGGGCCAACCUCAACAAUGAGAUCAAAGAAAUCCUGAAUCUGUUGGGCGUGGCAGAGCCAGUGGGUGGCGUUUCACAGAGAGUCCUGGACGAUAUUGAUGAUGAAGAAAAGUUUCUGUAUGGAGAAUUGGAGGAGCCCAAAAUGUCAGCGGCACCAGAGCCAGACCGACAUCACAGCCUGGAUCUGUACGGAGAUGUGACGGAAGACUCGCUGUACUCUGAUCUCCCCUCGCAAAGAGCCAUGGCCGGUCAAGUGUACAGCUGCCCUCCAACCAUUUCACCUCAUCUUCAGGUCACUCCGUCUGUGAGUGAGCCGAACAGGCACAUGAGUCAGCCCAGCAUCAGCCCCAACCAGAAUGUCAUGGCCUAUCCUCCGGGAACAGAGCCACUGGAGGAGAGUGAGCGCCAGGCUUUGGAGGAGUACGAGAAGAUCCAGGAUCUCCUGAAAACCAUUGGGCUUGACCUGGGUGUUGGCGAGAUUAGCAAGAUGGCUGCCAGGACCAAGGAGCGCCUUCAUGGCAACAAGCAGCCUCCAAAGACACCCACGCGGCGACGAUACUCUUCUGGCAGCUCCAACGGCAGCUGCCAUAGCCGAGUCCGGAGGAGGCGGAGCCAGAGCGGCAGUUCAAGCAGCAGCAGAAGUCGCAGUCGCAGUCAUGGGCGGGGCACCAAACGGGGGGCCAGCUGGAGCAGCGAGGACCAUGAGUCCAAGAAGACCACAGCUGCUAAAACUUCCAAAGACUGGGAGGUCAAGGAGACAAAGAAUGAGUGGAGUACCCCAAUGCUGCCUCAGAGUCAGACCUCUGAUACCGCCCCCAUCCCAACUCACACAGGCAUGCCCAUCCCUACUUACCCUCCCCCACAGCUCCCUGGCAUGAUGCCCCCAAACUACCCUCCUUCAGCAUACAGCCAGUAUGGAAACUACCUGCCCUACAUCCAUCAGCAGUGGCCCCCCAUGUACCCACCGCCUAACAUGACCCUGCCCCCUCAGCCUGCCACAGAGAACCUCACGCCACCUCCCACCUACAAAAAGGCUUACAGAAAACCCACCCCAGAGACGGGGGCCUUAGGUUUUGCGAGGAGUGUUGGUCAGGAAGAGCAGCGGCGGCGGAGUCAGGACCAGAGCAUUUCUGACGAGCAGAACAACGAGAGCGAGAAACUAAAGGUUCUGGAGGAGCGGGAGAAGCUGAGGCAGGAGCGGGAAGUCAGAAUGACGAAAAAAGAGUAUCUGAUAAAGGAACUGGAGCGACUCAGGAAGCAGCAGGGCGAGCUGCUGAGGAAGAAGCGCCGUGAGAAGGACGGCCAUAAGGACCCCCUGCUGCAGGAGAUAAACCGCCUGCAGGACGAGGUCAUGGCGAAGAUCUCCAACCUCCGCAAGGAGCACGAGGCUGCCGAGAGGAAGCGCACCGAGAUCGAGAAGGUCGCGCAAAUCCUUGGCCUGAGCCCUUUAGAUCGGCCCGGCAAGACCAGCAAGCUGCCUAAAAUCCGGGACCAGGAGGAGUUGCCUCCAAAGAGUGAAAAACGGGAGCAGGGGAGGAACCCAGAGGAGCAGCCAGCUGCCGGCAGCACCGCCUUAAAGGCAACCCCAGCGACUUCGACGAAGGCCUCGCCAGAACGGCUGCUCUUCACCGCUGAGGCUCCGCCCCCUGACCCGUUUGAGUAUUAUGACGCUGGGAACCACUGGUGCAAAAACUGUAACAUCACUUCUGGUUCCAUGUUUGACUUUUUCACACACUUACACAGCAAACCGCACCGGAAGACUUUGGAUCCGUACGAUCGGCCCUGGGCCUCCAGUCCCACCAAGACCCCCAAGACCACCGCAGGAGACGCCAAACGGACCAAACCAGCCAAAGGGUCAGAGUUCCUGGUUCCUGUCAGAGGGUUCUUCUGCCUGCUGUGUAAGGAGUUUUAUGGAGACGCCAUCUGUGCUGAGGAACACGUCAUCACACACUCUCACAAUGAGAAAUACAAGAAACAAAUGGUGGAGAAUCCGCUGUAUGAGCAGAGGAGGAAUCUGGACCGGCAGGCGGGCCUGGGUUUGGAGGCAGGCGGAAAGAAACGCAAAUAUGACGACGACGAUAAAGACAGAGACGAUAAGAACAAAAACAAAAAGGACAAAAAGAAGGAAGAGGAGGCUGCCGAGACCUGCGAUGAAAAAAUCAAAGUAAAGAAAGAGGAAGAGGAGCAGAAAGUGAAGGCAGUCAGAAAGAGCCUGGAGGAAGACAAGUUUUAUAGCAAGAAAGAUGAAGAUGAAAAGUACAAACAGAGCAAAAAGGAGGAGAAACACAACAGCAGAGAGAAUGAAGACAGGAACAGCCGGUACAGAGGCAGCAGUCGAGACGAAGAGUAUCGGCACCGCCAUCGCAGGGACGACGAUGGUCAUCCAAAGUACGGCAAUAAAUGCACCGAGGACAAAUACAAGGAGGAGAAAUGUUCAGAUUCCAGAUCUAAACAUGAUCGAGAGCGAGAUGAAGGGAAGCAUAAAGCCGAGCCUGAGAAACCAGGAGGGAAACCAGACGCCAGGAAGUCUGAACCUCCGCCAAAACCCUACGAGCUGCCCAAGAUCUUCUGUGGGCCGAGUCCGGCCAUGAGGGCGAAGCUCCGCAAGCAGGCGAUGGAGGCCAGCAAAGCACCGGCCUCUGCAGCCUCCGCCACUUCGUUUGGGAAGUUCACAUGGAAGAAGAAAGAGAACCAGCUGGCAAAGGAAGCCCAGAAAGUUGCAGCAGAGUUCCUCAAGGACGAAGAAGCAGCUGCAAAGGAGAAGCCAGGGGAAGAAGAGGACUCCUUCUCCAAGUCAGUGGCUGCUGCCAAAGAGAUUGCUGAGAAGCUGGCCGGUGAGGAGCUAAAAUCUCCACCUUGGUACACGUCUGGUCGAGGACAGAUCCGGCCAAACCUCCGUGCUCCUGUGGCUCCGCUGAGGAGAGCUUCCCUGGCAGGAAAACCUGCAUCCCUUAACACAUUUCUGAACAUGAGACCCCAAAGCACCGAUGGAGGUCCACCAGGGCCUUUUCCUAGGGCCCCUUUCAGGCCCCCAAACCCACAGAUGUUCAACAACAAACCCGGGCCUCCAGUAAGCUCUGCUGGACCGUUGGGGGUAAUGUCUGCUGCACCCACGGUGACCAGACCAGAGCAGUUUGGUCCUAAACUCCCUCCUUCAAUGUUGAAACCUGGACCAUGUCAGAAUACCUCUAAACCUGAUUCAGCUGAGUCAAAACCUGAAAUGAAGCAAGGGCCACUGUUCCCUAAACCUGCUCCGGUCCAGUCAAAACCUGCAACAGGACAGAGUAGUCCUUCAACAACUUCCCCUGCUCCGUUAAACACAGCAUCCUCAGAAACUCGGUCUGCUCCAUCAGAGGUUAAAGCUGCGACUCCUCCAGCUCCCGCUGCUCCACUCACUCCAUCCAAAGCUACGCCUUCACAACCAGCAUUGAUAAAGAUUGUGUCCGAUGUGGCGGCUCCUGGCGUCCCGGAAAGUGAGCAGACUCGCACCGUGUUCGUCAAGCCACCUCCUUUCAAGAGCAUGCUAGCGGGGCCUCAGAAGUCGGAGAAGCUCCAGGGCAACCUGGCUGCAGCCAAGGCUCAGGCCUUAUUUGACAUCUUCUACAGCAGCCUCGGCCAAGCCGGCCCUUCCUCUUUCUCCAGAACAGAAACCGACGUUGGAGCUGGUAAAGGUUCUCCUUCAGCCCCAGUCCAAAAUAAGAAUCAGCCCCAAAAUAAACCUGAACCCCAGAUCCAAUCACAAGAUCAAACCCAAACACCAAACAUACUCCCAACUCAGACCCACAACCAAUCAGAGCCCCCAGAUGAACCCAGACCCCAAACACAGGAAAUGCCUGAAUCCCAACCUCAGGUUGAACCACAACUCCAAAAUGAGCCUAAAGCCCUAAAACUCACCCAACCACAACCUCAACAAACCCAACAAAAACCUGAAUCUCAACCCCCGGAUCAUCAGAAGGAGCCGUCACAUGAACCUCAAACGGCCCCCCAACACCAUUCUCUGUCGCCCACCUCUACUGAACCUCCAAAUACAAUACCAACUUCUCCACAGAACGGGUUUCAAAGCCCACAAACCCAGGCUGAUGGUGACAUUCAAAUUACCUCCGUUUGGUCUCUUCAGGACAUCACAGCUCCAACAGAUAAGGCUGCAGGUCCUGAACCAUCUGACCCACCUCCUCACUCAGAACAGACUCCAUCAGCUCCUACUGAAGGAUUGUCUCAAAGUCCUCCCACUAGUCCUGGGCGUAAAUCUCAAAUCUGCCCACAGACCAAGCCCAUUUCGAUGGAACCAGCAGCUGAGCCACUGUUCCAGCCGGAAACUCAGUUUGAACCCCAAAUAGACCAGGAUGCUAAUUCACAUCAAGAGACAACUCCAGAACCACAGCCUAAACCCAAACCAAGUCCUAGAACCAGAGGUAAGGCAGCAGCAAUGAAGAAGACCCCUUCUGCUGCUCCGGUUCGUCAGACCCGCUCCCAGACCCGAUACCAGACUCGUCAGCAGCAGAGUCAACCAGAACCCGAACAGAACCCAGGGGCAGGGAACCAGGACCUCACGGCGUCAGAAGCUAAAGGUCUGGAGUCGCCUGAUCCGGAGCAGGAGGCCGCCUCGCACAGAGAGACGGAUCCUCCAGGGACGGAUGUCACCACGGAAACCUUGGGUCUCCCUUCAGACAUGACCGCCCUGGACUUUGACUACACUUUUAACUUUGAGUAGGAUGCCGGGGUCCCAGAGGUAUUUACAGGGCGGGAGGACAUGACAAGUUAAGGAAACUUGGACUGUUAAAGUACCAGACUGACGUGGAGAUCUGACCUCCUCCCAGAAGCCCCGGCUCUACGUCAGACUCCUUGUUUUCCACCAAUAAGACGUUUUGAUUUCCUAAAGUCUCUGCAGGUUUCUGUGGUUUGGAUUUAAAGUCAUGUUCCUCUUUAGAUCUAGACACCAGCGGCUCCCGUGUUCUUGCCUGCAGAUGUUUCUCCUCCAUCGUGCUGACGCUGUAAUAUUUGUUUCUUUCAGCAGUUUUAAUAAAGAAUGUUCUGAACCCUUC